AUGGAAGAAAGUUUGAGGAGGGCUACUCAAGAAGGAAACAUCGUUGAAUUGUAUGCAUCAAUUCAAAGAGAUGGAAAUGUUUUGAGGAAAAUCGAUGAGAUGGAGUUUGUCAACACUCCAUUACACAUAGCUGCAGCUGAAGGAUGCAUUGACUUUGCAAUGGAGAUAAUGAUCUUAAAGCCGUCAUUCGCUAGGAAGCUAAACCAAGAAGGCUUUAGUCCCAUUCACCUCGCAGUGGAAAAGGGACAUAAAGAGCUGGCGUUACAACUCAUGCAAAAUGAUAAAAAUCUUGUCCGUGUCAAAGGGAAGCAAGGUGAGACUCCUUUCCACUAUGCAAUAACGAGAGAACAAAAUCUUGAUCUCUUAACUAGAUUCCUGGAGGCUUGUCCUGAAUGCAUCCAAGAUAUGACAACUAAAAACGAGACUCCUUUGCACAUUGCAACGGGAAACAAUAGAUUAGAGGCUCUUGAACUCCUCUGCCGGAUGCUUAGGAAGAGUGACUAUCGUCAGGAUGUGGUGAACCAAAAAGACAGGAAUGGCGACACUGCCUUGCACAUAGCUGCACGUAAUAAUCAACCCCAGAUGCUCAAACUGCUAUUAAACUGCAAAGCUGAUAAGCUUGCAAAGAAUCUGGCUGGUUCGACGGCACUGGAUAUUGCCCACGAACUUAAUAACAGAGAGAGCGUUAAUAUUCUGCAUGGUUGGCGAAGGGCAAGAGUUCAAGAACAAAUGUUUAAGACUGUGACAAAGGCAUCAGAAGUAAUUUUUAAGGGCAUGGACAGUAUAUCAAGCGAGGACCGCAAUGCCUUACUAGUAAUUUUAGGAUUGCUUCUAACAGCUACCUACCAAGCCAGUAUUAGCCCGCCUGGUAGUGUUUGGCAAGGUGAUAGCUCCUCAAACUCCAAUCCCACUGUAGGAUAUGAUAAAAAAUUACCGGGUACAUCGGUCAUGGAUGAAGUUGAUUUUCUUCAAUUUUAUAUUCCAGCCUAUACUGUCUUCAUAGUAGCGUUUUUCCUAACAUUGGGUCUCCUUAAACCUUACCCCCAUGGUUUCAGGACUUCUCUUCAAGUACUACUCGCAUUUCUUGCUAUAUCCUUCGACCAAUCAAUAACUUUCAUCUCGCCAACUAGGUUAGCAUAUCAGGUUAUCUGUAUAUUUUCAACACUGGUUUUUAUUUGUAUGAUGUUCAUGUGUAUUGCUUAUCGGGUAUCAAAAAUUAGCGUUUUAAUUCUAGGAUGCUGGUUAGCGACUGACUCAAUAUAUCAACUGACACACAAUGCAUUCCUAGUACUAAUAGGGUUGGUAAUAACAGCAAUCUACCGAGCCAUUUGUAACACGCCGGAUGGUGUUCGACAAGCUGAAGCAGGUUCGAGCGAGGUUUCAAGUGGAGCAGCUGCAGCUCAAGGGUGUAUUGAUUUUGCAAUGGAGAUAAUGAUAUUAAAGCGGUCAUUCGCUAGGAAGCUAAACCAAGAAGGCUUAAGUCCUAUUCACCUUGCAGUGGAAAAGGGGCAUAAAGAACUGGCGCUACAUCUCUUGCAAAACGAUAAAAAUCUUGUUCGUGUCAAAAGGAAGCAGGGUGAGACUCCUUUGCACUAUGCACUAACUAGAGAACAAAAUAUUGAUCUCUUGGCAUGCGACCAAUCAAAUUGCAAGGCUGAUAAGCAUGCGACCAAUCAAAUUGGUUCAACGGCACUGGCUGUUGCAAACGAACCUAAUUACAUAGAGAGCAUCAAUAUUUUGCAUGGUUGGGGAAGUGCAAGAGUUUUAAACUUUCAAUAUAAAAUUCAGAAACAAAUGGUUAAGCAUGUGACAAAGGCAUCAGAAGUAAUUUUUCAAGGUAUGGACAGUAUAUCAAGUGAGGAUAGUAAUUUUAGGAUUGCUUCUAUCAGCUACCUACCAAGCCAGUAUUAG